AUGCCAGACUAUAGUCAUCUACUGCCUACCAACUGGAAACUUCAAGUGUCAUCAUGGCUUGAUGAAGACACUCCUACAUUCGAUUAUGGCGGAUUUGUUGUUGGUGAGACGGACCAAACUGCUGCUCUUUAUUGCAAGGCUAAAGGAGUUCUUGCUGGAGUUCCAUUUUUUAAUCAAGUCUUUAGUCAAGUGGGAUGCAGAGUCGAAUGGCAUGUAGAUGAAGGAACUUUGAUUGAUCCACCACUCAACGGCAAGGUUGAAGUCGCUCGAGUUUAUGGCAAGGCUCGACACUUGCUUUUAGGAGAACGACCUGCUCUUAACAUGCUUGCUCGUGCUAGUGGUAUUGCUACCAAAGCUAGUCAUUUGAGAAAGAUCAAGGAUGACAACAACUGGCAUGGUGUCAUUGCUGCUACUAGGAAAACUACUCCAGGGUUUCGUAUUGUUGAAAAAUACGCUAGCUUGGUCGGUGGGGUGGACACUCAUCGCAUGGACCUUUCUUCAAUGAUCAUGCUCAAGGACAACCAUAUCUGGGCAACUGGAUCCAUCACGGAUGCAGUCAAAAAAGCCAGAUCGGUCGGUGGAUUUGCUUUGAAGAUUGAAGUGGAAUGUGGUUCCGAGGCCGAGGCUACCGAAGCUAUUCUUGCUGGUGCUGACAUCAUCAUGUUGGAUAAUUUCAAUGGAGAUGGAAUUCACGUUGCUGCAAAGAAUCUAAAGCAGAUGUUUGGUGACAGUGCCAGUCCAGGCCAAAAACGCCAGUUUUUGAUCGAAGGCAGUGGUGGGUUGACUCAAGAUAAUGUCAAGGAUUACUUUUCAGAAUAUGUCGAUAUUUUAAGCUUUGGUGCCAUUACUCAAAGUGUUCCACAUAUUGAUUUCUCUCUUAAAGUGAUUCCCAAAAUCUAA